CGGCUUCUCCCACGCUCGCUCAGGCGGCGGGGCUGCCCCCUGGUGCUGCUCCCUGGGACUGCUUCCUCCCCCUUAGCCGCUGCCCUCCCUGCGGGCGCGGACAGAGCCGGCCCGGGGGGAGGGGGCCGCUCCCCGCCCACUGAGCUCGCGGCUGCCCGCUCCCGCCCUGCGGCCGGGCCGCUCCGGGCCUGCCUCCCCUGGGCUGUGUGCGCCGGGGGGGGUGCCCGUAGUCUCACGGCCCUGCCUCCCUCGGUGAUCCGGGGGCAGCUGGGUGGAAUCCCCUCUCGGCCGCCGGACGUCUGUGCCCUGGCUCUAAGCCGUUCCCGCGGACGUGUCUGGCUGCGUAGGGCGUGUCCUCCUGCGCGCUGAGACCGCAGACGUUAAGGCUAGAAGCGACCACCUAGUCUGGCCUCUGUCCUGCACAGUGCAGGCCCAGAACCUGGCCCCUGCACACACCUUCAGCUGCUUUGUGUCCCUCAGGCUGCAGAUCGUGUUGUCUUCCUGCCUGCCCCUCUUGUGGUUUCGCAGAAAUGACUGGCCCGGACCCUGAACGGUUGUGGGGCAGACACCCAGGUAUGCUUGGCUGCUCCCCCAUGCAGUGCAUGUACUGCAAAAACUCACAGUCAAGAUAACGUAGCUGCAUUGUCACCCUGGCCUUAUGCCUAUGCAGACAUACUGUAAGCUACCUGCUUUACAGCUGGGGAAGUAUUCUGGAACUCUUGCACUUUUCUAGUGCCUUCCAUGUGAGGAUGUUCUCCCAAUAUUAACUAGGCGUUACCAGCCCUUGGAGAAGCAGGUACGUAUUUGACAAACGGGGGGACUGAAACAGCUGAAGUGCAGCGACUUGCCCAAAGCUGUGGUAGUGCUCGAAAGAUUCCAGAUUUUAGAAAUCCUGGUUUUGUUCUUUAACCACUAGGUACCACUCACUCACACAAUGGCAAAGAGUAAUAUGCAAACAAGAAUUGAAUUAGAAAGUUGGGCUAGACUUAUUUAAAUGAUGGUAUCUUUGAUCUUGUUCUCCAAUUUCAGACUUUAGUCAGUGGUUGGCUUAGAGUGGAAAAGGAGGAUUUUCCCCCCACAGCUAAUUCUGCAAACAUCAGCGACCAAGUGAUAGCAAGAGUGCAAGACCAGUUCGUAAGCGAAAGAAGAUUGAUUUAGAGCAGAAAAUGAAAAUAGUGAAAAAGUAUGAAGGCGGACAAAGCCUGUCAUCAAUUGCUCGUGAACUCGAUUUGGCUACCUCAACAGUGAAAAGUAUUUUGAAUGAUAGUGCACGCAUAAAAGAGCAUAUGAAAGGGUCUGCUCUUUUAAAAUCAACAGUCAUAACGAAGCAGCGUUCUGGUGCUAUCUAUGAAAUGGAAAAGUUAUUAACAAUGUGGAUGGAAGAUCAGAUUCAAAAACGUGUGCCGCUUAGUCUAAUGAUUAUUCAAGCGAAGGCUAAAAGUAUUUUUGAAGACGUAAAGGGAAAAUACAGUGAUCCUAACGCAAAGUUUGUGGCUAGUCAUGGGUGGUUUAAUAGAUUUAAACAACGUGCAAAUUUUCACAAUGUAAAAGUGAGUGGUGAGGUUGCUAGUGCGGAUACAAAAGCAGCUGAAAAGUAUCCCGAAGUGUUACGAAAACUUAUAGAAGAAUAUGGUUAUACAGCCCAGCAAAUCUUUAACGUCGACGAAACUGGAUUGUUUUGGAAAAAAAUGCCGGACAGAACAAACAUUUCAAAAGAGGAAAAGAUGAUGCCAGGGUUUAAGGCUUCGAAAGAUAGGCUAACACUUUUGCUUGGGGGUAAUGCAGCUGGAGAUUGCAAAUUGAAACCGUUGCUUGUUUAUCAUUCAGAAAAUCCCUGUGCAUUUAAAGGCAUUAGCAAGGCUACCCUUCCAGUUCAUUUCCGUUCAAAUCGAAAGGCUUGGAUCACAAUGGCACUUUUCAAAGACUGGUUUAUAAAUUUGUUUAUCCCUGAAGUGGAAAAAUUCUGCAGAGAAAACGACAUCCCAUUCAAGAUUAUGCUUAUCGUCGAUAAUGCUCCUGGACAUCCUGCAAAUUUAGACGACUUUCACCCGAAUGUAAAAGUCGUGUUUCUGCCUCCUAACACGACGUCACUCCUACAGCCCAUGGAUAAGGGGGUCAUUGCUAAUUUUAAAGCCUAUUAUCUACGAAGAACAUUUGCACAGGCAGUAGAAGCAACUGGCAGAGAGACUGGCAAGACUUUACGUGAUUUUUGGAAAUCGUAUAACAUUUACCAAGCCAUCAUAAACAUUGCUAAGGCCUGGGCAGAGGUUACCCAAGUUUGUUUGAAUGCCGUAUGGAAGAAAGCGUGCCCACAGUUCGUACGCAGCUUUAAAGGUUUUGAAAAAGACGAAACAUAUGAGGAGGUGGCAGAUGAAAUUGUGAAGCUUGCCAAGCAGCUUGAGCUGGAGGUUGAUAUUGGUGAUGUGGAUGAGCUUAUCGAAUCCCAUGGAGCUGAAUUAUCAAAUGAGGAUCUCAUGGAAUUAGAAGCAGCAAAAGUAAAAGAGCAGACUGAAGCUGAGGAUGAAGUUGAAGAAGUAGAAGAGCCACGACACUUCAAUACCAAGGAGAUGGCACUUGCAUUUCGUGAGAUUAACUCUGCAAUGGCAAGAUUUGAGAAGAUGGACCCCAAUUCCUCAAGAUUCUUGAAAGUUAACAGAGGCAUUGACGAAACGCUGGCCUGUUAUAGACAGAUGUAUGAAGAGAAGAAAAAGGCCACUAUCCAGUCAUCUCUCGAUAAGUUUGUAAGGAAGGUUGAGAGGUCUGCAACGUCCACAUCUCCACAGCCUUCCACCUCCAAAACCCCCUCUGACGACUCUGAUGAUGUAAUGCCUAUCUCCUCCUCUUUUUCCUCAUUUACAAAUUAAGCCCAUUGUCAUCCACCACCAAAAUGCAGCCUUCAGUGUGCCAGGAUAACAAUAGGAUUAAGGUACAUGCAAUAUUUUUUGUUGUAAUUGUUUGGUUUUUUUAUGCUGGCACAAUAUAUGUUUCCGUCUUAUGUAAAAUUGGGGUUAUGCAAGGCUUUCCGAAACGGAAUGAUUGCGUAGGUUGAGGAGCGUCUGUAGUGUAAUAAGAAAGAUAAAAUAUAACAGUGUUGCUUUUAUUAUCACUUAAUUUUUUAGCCUAGUUAGUUUAGCUAGUCUUUAUCAGUUUGUUUUUUCACUGUCCACUUGCUCAUUUCUCCUUAAAUUAUUCAAGGAUUUUAAAUGCUGUAUAUUUAGAACCUGAUGCUGAAAGGUGAUUUCACUGGAAGUUGAGCAUGCAAAGCAGCUUGCAUGAGGUCCUCUGCAUAGAAAUUUUGCUACUAAUAAAGGUAUUAUGCAACCUAAGAAACAGGCUUCUGUGUAAGUCUUGGUGAGAUUAAGAAUGAUGGACAGUUGUAUUACAAAACUUCGGUUUAAAUGCUUCGAGGUUUAUUCAAAGAGGCUCUAUGCAAACAAAUUCAGAUCAUGCAAAAACUCAAGUAGCCUUGAAGUCUUUGUUUGCAGAUAUGCCUCCAAAGACAGUCAUGUGUGGAAGAGAACCUGGGGGAAUUGGAAAAUAGAUAGUGAUGUCCUGCCGUGGGACCCAGUGAGACCGAAAGAGUUCAAGAAGGGAGAUGCUAGCUUCCCAUUGAAAAAAACCUCUAUGUGAACCCUGGGGCCAAAUUAUGCCCUCAGUUAUACUGGUGUAAAACCACUGACUUAUUUGGCUACGCUGAAAUUACUCCAGGUUUACUCCAGUGUUACUGAAGGCAACAUUUGGCCUUAUAUUCUUAAUACUGUCUGUAUAUUGUGUGAAUAUAGUAGUUUCUUAACUGUAGUCCUCUAAAAAGGGUUACCGUGUCUAGCCAGCCUAUGAUUACUAAGGUGUAGCUGUAUUACAGAAAAUUAAUAUGUCUUCCAAAGAGCUCAAGAAAAUCCUCUUGGAAUAGUUUGUCAUUGUGACAAAUUUUCCCUCUUGUUCAUAGUCCAGUGAGAGAAUAACAAGACUAUUUGUGCUAAAGAUAAAAUGAGGCACCUGAUUAUUUUUUUAAAUGAAAGAUAAUUGCUUUUAAAAUUACUUAUACACUUGAGUAUUUAUAUAAUGUUGGAGUUCUUUCAUCUCUUUGUAUUUUGUACAUUUAUCAUUUUCCUUGUGUAUAUUUAUUUUACUGCUUGAAUAAAUGUUGCUAUUUAUGCAGGUACCAUUU